AUGGUCAUUUCUCUGAAUCCCCUUCUACUUUGUGCACUUCUUCUGUUUCCGCCACCUACUUGUGUUUUUGCCCAAACCAGAUUCACUCAUUGCAGCAGACAGCAAAUCCAUAUGGGUGCUUUCACCUUCUGGAGAUUUUGCCUUUGGAUUUCAACCACUGAAAGAAUAAUAAUUCUUUCUUGCCCUUCAUCUGGUAUGCUAAGAUUGCAAACACAACCAUUGGCUGCUAACCUUUAUGGUACUGUUCUUCAUGGCCCCUUGAAUGACUUCAGCAGCUCUGUUCUUAAAGAUAGAAGCUUGAACUCUGUUUGGGAUAACUUUAAGGAUCCUACAGACACCAUAUUGCUCUCACAGAUUUUAGGAAGAGGAGGAGUGCUUUCUACUAGAAAAUCAGAGACAGAUUUCGCCGGGGCAAAAUUCCAACUUGUACUUCAAGAUUAUGGUAAUCUAGUGAUGCAUUCCAUAAGCUUACCAUCUGGGUAUCCUAAUGAAAAUUAUUUUGAGACCUAUAUUGUUGAGUCUGAAACAAGUAGCCCUAGCAUUGAACUAGUCUUCAACAAAUCAGGAGAGUUGCAUGUUUUAAGAGAGAAUAAUGAUACGUAUACCUUCUCAACAUCCUCUCCCAAUCAAUUUUAUGUUGGAGUUACUCUUGAUUAUGAUGGAGUUUUCAGGUUCUAUCGACAUCCAAAGAAUUCCUAUUGCAAUGAAACUUACAUUACUCUCUGGUCCUGGCCAGAUAAUAUCUGUCACGCAUUAGUUAGUGAAGGAACAAGCGUUUGUGGAUACAAUAGCAUUUGCUCUUCGGUUGAUAAUAAUAGGCAAGUUUGUAGAUGCCUAGAAGGUUAUUCUCCUAUAGAUCCUCAAAAUCCAUUUGAUAACAGUAAACCAGAUUUCGUAAACAGUAAAGAAGACGAGUCCAGUCAAAAGAAACAGGGUGUUCAUGAGACCCAGAUGUCAGCUAUGCCUAUCCAAAAUUGCAGAAAAAAUGCCUUGCUAGUCAAAUAA